AUGAUGAGCUUACAGGAUACUCUUAACGACCGAGUGGUCAAGCUGCUCAGCUUCAUAUCCAAUCAUGAAGGACUCGACGAUGCCCGAGGAAAUCCACACAAAAUUCUCGCACUUGUGGACGAGUUUGCUAUCCAGAAUUCCAUGAUGAUAGUUGGCGAGCCUAAAGGCGAGAUUGUCACAGAAUUGAUCAAGGAACAACAGCCAAAGAUUAUGAUUGAGUUGGGUUGCUACUUCGGUUAUUCAGCCAUUCUCUUUGGUGAAGCAGUACGCCAAAAUGGGGGGGAGCGCUACUAUAGCUUGGAACUCAACCCAGAGUGGGCUGCUGCUGCAAGACACCUCAUCGAGCUAGCUGAGCUGCAAGACUUUGUAGAAGUGAUUGUCGGUCGCAGUGAUGUGAUUCUAGAUAAACUCUACCGAGAUGGCCAGGUCACAAACAUCGAGAUUAUGUUCAUCGACCACUAUAAACCUGCUUAUUUGACCGACUUGAAGCAGUGUGAGCACCACGGCAUGAUUGUUCCCGGUUCUUUGCUUCUUGCAGACAAUGUCAUUUAUCCGGUCAAGGGUUAUAACACCACAGGCUUACUGGAACGAACUGUCAAGUCCUGGAUGCCCGAGGGAGAUGUGCCUUUCUUGGAGACGGUUGGAAACCCCAAUAUCGUGUAUCAAAGUGUGCUCCGACAACCAGAAGGCGAGCGGGAUGCAAUCGAGGUGACACGCUGUGUUGGAAUCCAGAAAGCAUAG